GAUAGGGUUGCUUCCUGGUUGGAGCUAGGGUUGCUUCCUGGUUGGUGAUAGGGUUGCUUCCUGGUUGGAGCUAGGGUUGCUUCCUUGUUGGUGCUAGAGUUGCUUCCUGGUUGGAGCUAGGGUUGCUUCCUGGUUGGAGCUAGGGUUGCUUCCUGGUUGGAGCUAGGGUUGCUUCCUGGUUGGAGAUAGGGUUGCUUCCUGGUUGGUGAUAGGGUUGCUUCCUGGUUGGAGCUAGGGUUGCUUCCUUGUUGGUGCUAGAGUUGCUUCCUGGUUGGAGCUAGGGUUGCUUCCUGGUUGGAGCUAGGGUUGCUUCCUGGUUGGAGCUAGGGUUGCUUCCUGGUUGGAGCUAGAGUUGCUUCCUGGUUGGAGCUAGGGUUGCUUCCUGGUUGCAAGAUUCUCGGAAUCAGAGGGUAAUAAGAAGGGAAUAUGGAAUUCUCCAACCAGGAUUUCUAUAAAACCUGUUGCUGGUUGCAUCCUAAAUUGCAACCUAUUUCCUAUGUAGUGCACUGCUUUUGACCAGGUCUAUCUAGGGAAUGGGGUGCCAUUUGGCAAACAGGCAGUGUCUGACCUUGAGAGAUUUAUUAAGUUAAUAAUCUGUUAUUUAUUUUGACCUUGUAGGUACAGCACUGGCUGCUGGGGGUAUUGACUCAGAGAGGAUACAGCACUGGCUGCUGGGGGUAUUGACUCAGGGAGGAUACAGCACUGGCUGCUGGGGGUAUUGACUCAGGGAGGAUACAGUACUGGCUGAUGGGGGUAUUGACUCAGGGAGGAUACAGUACUGGCUGCUGGGGGUAUUGACUCAGGGAGGAUACAGCACUGGCUGCUGGGGGUAUUGACUCAGGGAGGAUACACUACUGGCUGAUGGGGGUAUUGACUCAGGGAGGAUACAGUACUGGCUGAUGGGGGUAUUGACUCAGGGAGGAUACAGCACUGGCUGAUGGGGGUAUUGACUCAGGGAGGAUACUGUACUGGCUGAUGGGGGUAUUGACUCAGGGAGGAUACACUACUGGCUGAUGGGGGUAUUGACUCAGGGAGGAUACAGCACUGGCUGAUGGGGGUAUUGACUCAGGGAGGAUACAGUACUGGCUGAUGGGGGUAUUGACUCAGGGAGGAUACAGUACUGGCUGAUGGGGGUAUUGACUCAGGGAGGAUACACUACUGGCUGAUGGGGGUAUUGACUCAGGGAGGAUACAGCACUGGCUGGGGGUAUUGACUCAGGGAGGAUACAGUACUGGCUGAUGGGGGUAUUGACUCAGGGAGGAUACACUACUGGCUGAUGAGGGUAUUGACUCAGGGAGGAUACACUACUGGCUGAUGGGGGGUAUUGACUCAGGGAGGAUACAUGGAUACAGAUUGCUGUGAUUACUCCUGAUGUUUCCAACACUUCUGACAUCAUGUGAAGGGAUCAAGAGAGGAUGAAGAGGAGGAGGGGUGACAUGCACAUCCUACAGAUCACCGGUUCUUCACAAAAAGAAUACUCAGAUAAAGAAGUCAUCUAGAGACGAGCACCAUGAUGGAUUCUAUUCAGUCUACGCCUGAUGUCUUCACCACAGACAGUAUCUCGAGAGAACCAUACCAUGAGACCCAACAGUCACCAUCCAACUCAACCAUACCCGUCGAGCAUCACUACAGCUUCCACAAUACCCUACUAGGUGUCUUCCUGGGCUUCCUGUCCCUGCUCACCGUCGUCAUGAACAUCCUGGUACUCUACGCUGUGAAGAAGGAGCGGACCCUCCACACGGUGGGCAACCUCUACAUCGUCAGCCUCUCCGUGGCGGAUCUCAUCGUCGGGGCCACCGUCAUGCCCCUCAACCUGGUGUAUCUGCUGGAGGACGAGUGGAGGCUGGGGAGGGCCGUCUGUCAGUUCUGGCUCAUUAUGGAUUACGUAGCCAGCACAGCCUCCAUCUUUAGUCUGUUUGUACUAUGUCUGGAUCGGUAUCGGUCCGUUCACGAGCCGCUGAGGUACCUGAAGUACCGAACCAGAAGGAGAGCUAGCGUUAUGAUCUCAGGGGCCUGGUUGUUGUCUACGAUGUGGAUUAUUCCUAUUCUAGGGUGGAGGUCGUUUGCUACUGUCGAUCUUAAACCGGAAAUGGAAAAUAAGUGUGACACCGAUUUCCGGUUUGUUACGUGGUUUAAGGUUUUAACUUCCGUGUUUAACUUCCACCUUCCGUCUCUGUUGAUGCUGUGUUUCUACUCACGCAUCUACAUGGCUGUGAGGAAACACUUCAGAGAGAGGGAAAAGAUGAUCAAUCCUACAGACUCUACGGCGGGAAACCGUAUCGGACACAAAGUCCAAACAGGAAAUAGACCCUGCGGGUCUUCUAACGAGGACAAUAAGGGAAACGACUGUGACUUUGAUCAGUACACUUUAGACCAGCUGUACAACUCAACAGAUACGGCUGAAACCAACGCAUCCAGGGAACCCAAGUCUGAGAAAGACGCUCACUCCAGUCAUUCCCUGCUCAGAAUGACAAAACGUCUGAGGAAGACUGUAAAGGGCAAAAGAAAGAGCGGCUCUUCGUCUUUUCAGGAGAAUAAUUCGGACUCAGAGACCCCUUUGAACCUGUCAACGUUACCUCUCCGCUUCACCGACGACAACAACGUGCAGGGACUGUACGUAUCCGUGAGCGACACAGCCACGCCGCUAAACUCUGCGGCUGGCGUUUACGAGAUAACCCAGAUAGCUGACGUGCAGAGAUACACCACCAUGUUGUACAACGAUUUCACCCAGUCUCUGAAUUCACCCCCGUCACCAUGGCCCCAUAAUUCACCCCCGUCACCAUGGCCACAGGAAGACUCGGAGACCGAUGAUGGCGCUAACCCAGACGCUGCAGCCAACGCUGUGACCCUAAAGCAGACCUGGCAGAAGUUCUGUGCCCAGUCCAGGCAGCGUAUGCAGAGCCUUCAGGUCCAUAAGGAGCACAAAGCGGCCAAGCAGCUGGGCUGUAUUAUAGCUGGGUUCAUGAUGUGCUGGAUCCCAUACUUCAUAGUCUUUAUGGUCAUGGCUUUCUGCCAAACCUGUGUACAUCACGACCUACAUAUGUUCACGAUAUGGCUUGGGUAUAUAAACUCUACCUUGAACCCGUUCAUAUACCCCCUCUGCAAUGAGAAUUUCAAAAGGGUGUUCAAAAAGAUUUUACACAUUCAUUUGUGAUGAAAGGUUUUCUGAACAGUGUCUUGAUUGGCAGGUAGCCCUUUAAGUUAUGUUAUCGAUGUUGCUUUAAACUUCGGUGUGCUUGCAUGUUUUGAGUAACUUCAAUUUUGGUACCUUUAACUGUGUAUAGUUUUGUAAAUAUAAUGCUUAUUUAUUUUAGGCCUAAAUAUUUCUGUGUCAAACCCAAACAUCAUCCUUCUCACUCAACAAACUAUGCAUUCCAGUCUUCAUGGAGUCUUGUCUGACUUUUUAUUUUAGUCAUUCGUGUCUGUAAUUUCCAAUAAAAGUGUCUGAACUGGG